AUGAGACCUACACGCAAGAGCCUUCAAAGCGGCAGGCCACCGACGGCUCGGCCAACCAGACGAUGCAUGUCUCGCGAGGCAAGUCGCAAGCUUAUUAACAAGCAUCAUCAAUUGCAGAAAAAUCAGCGCCGAGCAACAGCUCAAGGCGACGAAAAGACGGCGGCUGCCAUCACCGAAGAGAUAUCAAGCCUGGGAGGACUUUCCCGGUAUCAGCAAGCUAGCCUGCAGGGCCAGAGAAAUGACAGAGGCGGAGACACUUCGAGAGUUCUGCUCGAAUGGCUCCCGCUGGAUAGCGUGAAUAAACUGAGCCAUCGACCUCGAAUGCUGGAAGUUGGUUGCCUGAGCACUCGCAACGCCUGCUCAGCCAGUGGCCUUUUCGACAUGGUUCACAUAGACCUGAAUAGCCAAGAGCCUGGUAUAAUCCAACAAGAUUUCAUGCACCGGCCGCUUCCAGAGCAUGCCUCCGACAAGUUCGACAUUAUAUCGCUGAGCUUGGUCCUGAAUUUCGUUCCAAGUCCAGAAGAACGAGGGCAAAUGCUCCUCCGAACCUUGUCAUUCUUGCGACAUUGUCAUACACCCAGACAAGCCAGAAGCGAACUUCCUUUUCCCUCGCUGUUCCUUGUGUUGCCGCGUAGCUGUGUCGAUAAUUCUCGCUACUUCACAGACGAAAGACUUUGGUCGAUUAUGGAAUCCCUGGGUUACUCUCUAGAGCGUUCGAAGAAGACGCAAAAACUGGCCUACAGCUUGUGGGUGAAGCCUCCAGACACACGAGUCACCCACCACGCCUUUCCGAAAACGGAGAUAAAUUCUGGCCGGACAAGAAAUAAUUUCUCCAUCACGUUGACGAAAGUGCCGCCCACGUGA